CUGCUUCCACUUUCCCACUAUCAUUGCGCGUCCCAGUGCUAGAGUUAUCCAUGACCUUGGUAAUUGCGGCUACGCGGCCACUGGCACGCACCUGCUGCUGCAGCCAGCCGUCAAGCUUGACACCCCCAGAUCUCUAUCAACUUCUUGUCUCCUGUCUAUCCGUCAUCGAUCCCCUUACACUAAUUGGUCAAUUUCUCCGGGUCCGCUGUCAAACUCAUUCUUCGUGCGUGCAUUGAUGGGCUAUUGUUGGGUUUUUUUCAUCGCGCCUGUUAACCUAAUCUCUGUUGUUGUCCUUGGGAAAUAAACCUGCUAUCUCAAACACCCAUCGUUCCUGCUUUUCGUUUGCUGUUUCUGUCGUUUAUUGCUGGCGGUCGUCGUCGAAUUCUGGUCUCGGGUUUCAGGACUGCGGUUCAUGAAACAAUUACAAUCGUUAAGAAAGCACGAGCCCCAGCCAAAACCAACAUGUACUCUCGUUAUUUGCCCCUCGUUGGCGCGGCCUCAUUAAUCACCUUUGCGACCGCCCAGAGUACCGUGUCUCUGUCCAUCACCGCACAACCCACCUCCGGCGCGUCCCAAGUCAUCAGUCCCUCGUUCGCCGGCUUCGGGAUCGAGCCGUCGAACCUCUACUCCUUCACUGGGGGAAGCACCGCCAACGAGCUCAGUGUAAAUCUGCUGUCUAAUCUGGCAAAUUAUACGGGUACUCCGCCGCAUAUGCGUAUAGGAGGAAACACAGCAGACUACUUCAUCUUCAACUCGUCUCAAGAUGCGUACGAAUGCGAGGUCAACCCUGACCAUGUCGGCCAGGGUGCCUAUGCCUCCGACUACUAUAUCAUCGGCCCGCGGUACUUCGAGGUCCUCAACCGCUUCCCCAGCAACACGCCCAUCACCUUUGGUCUGAAUCUUGCCUAUGAGGAGUCGGACUACAUCAGUCAGAUAACCACCAUGGCUACACAGGCGGUCAAAGGCUUGACCACCGUCAACCUGGUUUCGUUCGAGAUUGGCAAUGAACCUGACUUAUACCUUGACAAUGGAUUUCGAACGGGGACAUGGAACGGUCAAGUCUAUACCCAGCAGUGGUUGGAACGGGCCAGCGCCGUCUGGGAACAAGUUCUGGAACCAAACAGUCUAAGCAGCAAGUUCUUCGAGCCUGGCUGUACCGCAUCGACGAUUGGCACUACGUUCAUGAUCGAUGACCUUGAUCAAUAUGGUAUAACCGUGGAGGCCAACGGCUCAAGCGAGGGCUAUGUUUCAACUUGGAACCAGCAUGACUACUAUUACUACAUCGGUGUGUCGACCUACGCUUUGACUCAAUAUGGCUUCAUGACCCUGUCUACCACCAACGAUCAGUUCGCUGCCUGGACGAGUCAGAUCACCCAAGCAGAGAACACGGAUAUACCGUAUGCUCUGCGUGAGAUGGGUGUCGUCGGUCCGAUUGGAAUGGACGGCAUCACCAACACGUUCGCAGCUUCUCUUUGGACGUUGAACUUUUUGCUUUAUGCGGCUACCCUGAACAUUUCUUCCGUUCAGCUGCACAUGACCGAUAAUAGUAAUGCCAGUGCCUGGCAGCCGAUCGAGUACUACGGCAACGAACCGUUCGUCCGACCCAAUUACUACGGUAUCGUCGCCUUCGAUCAGGCCAUUGGCCCGACCUGUCAAGCCCAGAUUGGUGGAUACGACUUCACUGAUGCUCCUGGCGACUAUGGUGGUCGAAUUGCCGGGUACUCCAUUUACCAAGACGGUACUCUUGCUACGAUUGUCCUGAUCAACUCCAACCCAGCCAACGUGUCGGAGACCGACAAGCCUACCCUGAACUUUGCGCUGACUUUACCGACGCAGUUCGCAGGAAAGGAUCUGUAUCUGGCCUAUCUUACGAACGAUGGUGCCGAUGCGAAGAGUGGUACGACGUUCGAUGGGGUCAGCUACGAGGAGAGUGGUGAUGGUACAGCAACUCGAGUCAACGAUACCAUACCUAUGGUCACCAUUGGCAGUGAUGGCACCGUGUCUAUUCCCAUUCGAGAUACCCAAGCAGUGGUCGCCAAUAUCGGAUCCCCGGUCGGACAAAGGGCAGCUAACAAGAGUGCAUGUGCGGCACUGGCGUCAAGCACUCCAGAUGCCGCAGCUGCGACGAGCGCAGUCGGAACAAGCACUGCAUACGGCACAUCAGCAUCAUCUUCUUCAACUCAUACCAAUUCGGCGUCGAAAACGGGCAGCAGUGCAAGCGCCAGUAGCACGAGUGGUGUUGCGGGCUUGUCUACCAUGAUUUUGGGGACAAUCAUGUCAGCAUUUUUCAGCGGAGUUUAUCUGCUCUGGAUAUAAUCAUUUUGGGGAUGCUGUUUGUUCGACAAGAUUGAAUAC